CCAACUUGAAGUAUAUGCUGACAUAUGCAAUAUUACUUAAAAGAAAAUGGCGACCUCGAAGGGAGCGAAUACAUAUAACAGACAAAAUUGGGAACAGGCGGACUUUCCAAUUCUUUGCCAAACAUGUCUUGGUGAUAACCCCUACAUACGAAUGUUAAAAGACAAAUAUGGAAAAGAAUGCAAGAUUUGUCAGCGACCAUUCACAAUCUUCAAAUGGUGUCCUGGCGCCAAAAUGAGGUACAAGAAGACUGAAAUAUGUCAAACUUGCUCGAAACUAAAAAAUGUUUGUCAGACGUGUUUACUGGAUUUGGAAUAUGGUCUGCCAAUUGAGGUUCGUGACAAAGCACUGGCAAUCCAAGAUAACCUCCCAAGAUCAGAUGUUAAUAGAGAAUUCUUUACUCAAAACAUUGAAAAGGAGCUUGCUAAUACCGAUGGUACGGUAGCCGGAGGUGCUGUCGGAAAAGCACAAGCACCUAGUGAUCUCUUGUUAAAGCUAGCACGAACAACUCCCUACUACAAGCGAAAUCGUCCCCACAUUUGUUCGUUUUGGGUAAAAGGUGAAUGCAAACGAGGCGAAGAGUGUCCCUACAGACAUGAAAUGCCAAACGCUCCCGAUGAUCCACUUGCUAGUCAAAACAUCAAAGACAGAUUUUACGGUGUUAAUGAUCCGGUAGCCGAGAAAAUGAUGAAGCGCGCAUCUACCAUGCCGAAGUUGGAACCUCCAGACGACAAAAGUAUUACGACUUUGUACGUGGGCGGGUUGGACGAUAAGAUAACCGAAAACGAUUUAAGAGAUUUUUUCUAUCAGUUCGGUGAGAUUCGUUCAAUAAACAUCGCCGCUGGAAAGAAUUGUGGUUUUGUUUGUUACACUACUCGUGUAGCUGCCGAAUUUGCUGCCGAACGCUCCUUCAAUAAAGUUAUCAUUAAAGGCAAGCGCUUAAAAGUGUUAUGGGGUAAAUCGCAGGAAGAGAGAAGCGCAACCAAAGAUCAUACGGAAAAUGAACAUCGCUAUGAACCCGUUCCCGGCCUGCCUGGAGCAUUGCCCAGCACAAAUAUUGGAGCUGGUGGUGAUGUGAUACCGGAACCGCCGAACCUGUUUGCGGAAUCUACGGAAGAUCAAUCCAACCCACCUGCGCCUCAUCUUCCGCCAAAUAUCCCAUUACAGGGUGGAUAUCAAUAUCAAGCAAUGUUUCCACCACCUAACAUGCAAGGUCCCCCGCCUAACAUGCAAGGACCUCCACUCAGCAUGGAUGGUCCUCCGCCGUUAAUGGGUAGUACUGGCGCUCCUUUAGGUGGACCUCGUCCACUGAUGGGUGAUCAACGAUAUCCUCCUCCACCCCCAGCAGGAAUGCCACCAAUGCAGAGAGGACCAAAUCCACAAUUUUCUCAUGGUAGGCCAGAGGGCGGGCCUCCACCGCCAAGACAGCCGCCGCCUCCUCGUCAUGCAGUGCAUUAUCCGUCACAAGAUCCACAUCGAAUGGGCGCAGAAGGACCUGUAAAUUAACUUCGCCGACCGCAGCAAUACAAGUUCGUCUUUUUACAGAGAAUGCAUUUAUGUGAUGUGUAUCGUAUUAGCGAAUUGACAAGAAGAUAGACGAGAAACUUGUAUUUUGUGCGUUUUAUUCAAUAAGAAUUUUUAUUUGCUAA